CUAUGCGGGCUGAUGUUACAACAUUUGCAAUAGAAAGCGCCUUAUCUUUCCAAACAAUUGAAUUUCUGGCUUUCCAUAAGGACCAACAAACCAUAGAGAGGGAACAGACUCGGUCGUCAUCAAGGCAGUCAAAAAGACUAUCCAACCAGCUAGCAAAAGAGAGAUCAAGUGAGACCCCAGCUGGUAGGCCCAUGUGACUCCAACAGGAGUGAGAAAAAUUGCAUGAGAGAAGGAUGUGGGAGAUUGUCUCUGGUGAAGCAUGACAGACAGGGCAAAGCGAUGGAAUAUCAACAUGCUUAGUUCUGAGAUUAACACAAGUUGGAAGCGUCCCAGAAGCAGCACGCCAGAGAAAGUUUCUAACCUUUGGUGGGAUCUUCAAUUGCCAUAACUUGUGCCAGAAACCAGAAUUGUUGCUACCGAGUCUUGGGUCUUUGGAUUGUUGAAGAAUACGGUAGGCACUUUUGACAGAGAAAUGGCCAGUGCUUUCGUUAGACCAGGUCCAGAAAUCCGAGGAAGCAGAGAAGCUUAAGGGAAUGCUUAGAAUCAGAUUAGCAUCCCGAUCAUUGAACAUAUCUCGAACCAGAUCAAUAUCCCAGCUUCGGUCUUCAACCGAGAAAAGAGAGCUUACAUGAUGACCAAUGAGACCCACAUGAGAUGAGGUUAUGAAAGGAUUAUCAGGAUCGGGUAACCAAGGUUGGUGCAAAAUAUGAGUUGAAGUUCCAGUACCUAUAGUUCUCCUAGCUCCAUGACGAACCAGAUCUUUUGCGCUCCAAAUACUUCGCCAAACAAAACUGGGAUUACGACCCAAAUCAGCUGAGAGAUAAUCAUCAUGGGGAAAGUAUCGCGCUUUAUAAAGCCUGGAAACAAGAGAGUCGGGGUGACAGAGAAACCUCCACCCUUGCUUAGCAAGCAUAGCCAAGUUAAAAUCAUGGAGAAGACGACAACCUAUAACCCCAUUCAUCUUUUGGACGGGAAAGCCGGUCCCAAUUCAUGUAAAUAAUUCCAUUGCCUUUGCUAUUCGUAGUUUUCCACCAGAAGCGAGCCAUUAGCUUUUCAAUCUCAUUACAAGUGCCAAGAGGGAUAAGAAAAACACUCAUGGCAUAAGUGGGAAGAGAUUGGAUCACAGUCUUCAAGAGAAUUUCCUUGCCUGCACCAGAUAGUAACUUGCCAGACCAGCUAUUGAUUCUAUUCAUGACUUUAUUUCUGAGAAAGCCUAGAAUAGCAUUUUUAUUCCUUCCAAUAAUAUUUGGCAGACCCAAGUAAAAGCUGUUUUCGGAAGCUUCAGGCAUAUGAAGAGUAGUGUAAAUACUGUGGCGGAGCUGACCAUUAACAUUCGGGCUGAAAAAAACUGACGACUUACCAAGAUUAAUCUGUUGUCCAGAAGCAUGUUCAAAUCGUCUAAGGAGAGACAUGACGCUUCUAGCAGAACCAUUAUUAGCUUGGCAAAAAACAUAGCUGUCAUCAACAAACAGCAUAUGAUAUUUACUGUACAAGUUAUGUAUCUUUUUAUGAAGCUAUCUUACUGUGCACUAGGCUAAACUAUGAUAUUUAUCACUUAUUUUAUUUGAGCAUGAAGGUUCGAUUAGUUUCUUUUCCUUAAUAGGAAAGUUUAUGCCUAUUGAAAGGUCAUUUUUAUUUGGAGUUUUAUGCCUAUGAAUACAGAUUUAUGUGAAGACACAACUGUAAAGAUUAAUUUUAACAACUUGACGUUGCUUCCAGAAAGAGGAAAUAAAAUGAUCAUACGAGGAGCAUGUUAAAAAGCUGCUUGAGAUGACUCCACCAAACCAAAGGGUAAAGAUUUUCUUCAUAAAGUUGAUCGAGCAUAUACUCAGAACGUGAAAAGAAUUGGGUGAGAAUGUCUCAGAUGCCUCAUUUUCUCUUGCUUAGACUUUUAGAAAGAAAAUUGAUUGUUGUUAUGAAGCUUAAUUUAUUUACGAGUUAUCUUUUUGUGCUUAUUAGGAAGCGUGAUGGCUGUCCCCCAUUUGAAAAACAACCUAUAGAGAAGAAAGUUGUCCAAGAUGGAGCUAAGAAACGUAGGCCAAGGUGGAGACUUGGAAAUAAAGAACUCUCUCAAUUGUGGAAAUGGUCAGAUCAGAAUCCGAAUGCUUUAACGGAUCCUCAACGUGUUCAGACUCCUUCCAUUGCAGAAUACUGGAAGCCAUUGGCUGAAGAUAUGGAUCCUGCUGCUGGGAUAGAAGCUGAAUAUCACCAUAAAAACAACAGGGUGUAUUGCUGGAAAGGUCUACAGUUUUCAGCUAGACAGGACUUGGAGGGAUUUUCUAAGAUCUCAACUCAUGCGAGUGAGAAUGAUGAAGGAAUCAGAGGUGAUCUCGAGGCCUCUACAACCCCAAUGGAUGCUGAACCUGAAACCGCUGGUGUGACUGACAUGGUGUCCCAAGGUGGCAGUCCAAUGCCGGACGAAAACCGGAAGCAAAGCUUCCGACACGGAAUGCCGGGCCCGAGUAGAUGGGCCAAUUGGAAGCAGAUUCUGAGGCAGAGGCGGGGAUCAUUGAGGGUGAGGUUGAUUUAG